ACAGUUUCUUUUGGAAUGCUAAGUACUCCAAUACUUUGUGAAUCUAAUUUGUCAUUGUAUUUAAAAGCACUCGCUGUAUCUGAUAAUGGAGCACUGAUUUUUAAUUACGCUGUGGGUAUUGCAAAGUCUCACUUUACAUUUGUCAAUAAUCUUUUCAUGAAUAGUAGGUUUCUGUGCAGUUUGAAUUCUGUCACCAUGGAAUUCUUCCAAUUUACAUCAACUUGGCUGGUUGUAGCACUGACAUGGACACGAGUCUUUGCUAUUAUGUUCCCUUUUGGAAUACAUGGUUAUUGCAACAAUUGUUCCGAAAUGAUAACUAUAAUUACGUUAAUAUGUACCAGUUUUAUAAUAUCAUUAACAAAACUAUACUCAGGCGGAUAUGAAACGGACAGUGUUUUUGAAUUUAUACCAUGCCAAAAAAAAAUAAAACCGUGGGGUAGUGCAAUGUACUUUUACAUUGCUUUAUCAACAUGGUUACCUUUACUUUUUAUAUUUGUUGGAAAUAUUUUGCUCAUUUUACACAUGAAAAAGACUGAAAAAAUUCAUUGCCGGUUAACUCAAAAUUUCAGACAGAGAGCGAACAAAACUCACCACACGUCCAGAAUAUUGUUUGUGGUGUCAACCGUUUACUUAGUGCUGUUAUUACCGCUUGGUAUUGUUGAAACUUUGGAACUUUAUUGGGAUGUUAUUCUGAUCAAAUAUCCUGCCACCGAGGCAAAGAAAAAAGCAGAAUAUAUACAUUGGUUGAAAGAGAAAAUGCUAUUGAAGUGGUGUCGCGGUUUCUGCUUUCACAUAUACCAUUGGAAUUUCGCAUUGAAUUUUUUUCUGUAUUAUCUCACAGGCGAAAAAUUCAGAAAUGUUGUGAUACAAACAACAUGGCACUACAAGAAAAUAAUAUUCUCAGUAUUUUCGAACCAUAUUCACAAAUGUACAUCUUGUUCAAAGUAUCCUAGAGAUUUGAAGUCUAUGCAGUCUUCAAAUGUGUUACUUAUAAGAGCUAUUACAUUAAGCGAAGAUUUUAUUAAUGGCAGUGUUUCUACACAAAACAAUAAUAACACUAUUGCACACAUUUAG